CAGUUUAUAAAAUAUGUUGACAAGUUAAUGUUGCUGAGAAUUUUAUAGAAACUUCUUUUUUUUGUAAUAUUUGUGAUUAAAAUAUUAAUUUUAUAUAUUAUUAUUUAUACAAAAGCAACUUUAUUGCUAUCAUGAGUGCCGAACAUCUGAGUGAAAACUAUCGCCUAAGGAAGCACUUCAUGGAAACUAACCAAGUACCAUCUCAAAGCCUCAUUAGAAAUAAGAUGUCUGCCCCACUGGCAGCCGUAUACUUCAAGAGCAUGAGUCCGAAGCUUAAAGUCUUAGCCGGCCUCGAACCUCCCAUGAAAGGCGGCGGAGGCGACUGGUACGUCCCCCCAAAAGACCUUUUAGAUGGCAGAACAGUCUUAAAACCUCUGAAGAAAGAAUAUCUGUCGAAACUUAACUAUCUUGGUAUAGACGCCAUUUGUGUGAAAAUGAUGGAUAGGAAGAUGAAGUCAAUGCUGGCAAAAAGAAGCGAAAUGAUUGCUGAAAGCGACGAGAGAUGGAAAGUUUUAGUUGAAAACGAAUGCGGCCAGCACCGUGAGCACAUUUCUAAGGAAGCUGCAGCUAGGAACACUGAAUUAAUACGACAUACAUUUGACCAGUUUAAGUAUUUAUACGGAUCAUCUAUUAAUAUUAUAGAAAAUUUAUUAUUUGAAGCAGCGUGUAGUGAAAUCAAAAGAAUACAAAAUGAAGCUCUUCAAAAAAUGCAGAAUAAGUACAAAACACUAUUACACCAGCAGGCGACUGGUUUAUACGAUACAUACACACAUAAACUAAAUAUAGACCAGUUAAGAUCAAGAACUGAAUUUGUUGAAAAUCUAGCAAGGCAUCACACUACAACGAAAAAUAAAAUACACGACACCGCCGUAGAGAAACAUGUUACCAUUGAAAAAUUGAGGCAAUACUUAGAAUGCCAACGUUUAGCCUGCCAAGUUUAUGUAGCCUUGAAAGAACGAGAAACAUGUGAUGAGGAAAUCGAAGAUAGUCGUCAAAAACACAAGAAAAAAGCCAAGACCUUAAAGGAUGAAAUAGACUACAAAGAUUUUAAUAUUUUGUGUCACCAGGAGAAAGAAAAGACACAGCUAGAGUUCAGCAUCAUUUGGAAGAAGAAAGUUUCGCACAUUGUGAAAACGUUCCAAACUUUUGUGACGUACUGUCUGACCUCGUUGCCAGAAUAUGCUGAGUUUUUCAUUAACAUGGAAAAAUUGAUGCUGCUGCAGGUGGACAAAGCUUUAAGUAAUCCGAGCGCGAAAAGUAUCUUUAAAUGUGAAUACAUUUACAAAGAUCCGAGACCUGAACCACAUCCAUUUUAUCUCUUCUGUGAUAAACGUUAUAACCCAGACGGUCCUCGCCUUGACAAAGAUCUCUGUCCAAUGCAUUGUACAUCUAGCACAUCCGUCAUGCCAGUCAUAGUAAUAAAUAAGCGUUGUUUGUACGCAGCUUGUGAUAACUUCCAACAGUUCAGUAACAAAGCUAAAUCAUACAUACAUGGCGAGCGCGGGGACGAUAUCGAUUUCCGAGAUGAUCACCUCUAUGAACACGAUGUACCUAUUAGGUACUCAUCAUCGCAACAACUGAAAGAACUAAAAUUAGAAAGUUCCUUAGUGCGAGUAUUGGAGCAAGAGUUCCCGAACAUAGGAGGAGCGGCUAUACAUUGUGGCGUCUGCAAAACACCUCACUGCUUCUGCACCGACACUGAUACCUCGAAACCGACAAUUGACUCAAGCAAAUCUCCCAAAGCAGCGCCCAUACAACAAGAAAUGACUGAACAUCACAUAUCAGCAGGCAUACCAGGCCCAGAAAGUCAGUUAGAAUCCAAAUGGGAGGGUUACUUAAAGUCUAUUGAGCCCAGAAAAUGCGUAUGUCUCAAAGCAGCUAAAAAGCAUUUGACUGAUCACUUGCCUGUUUAUAUGAGACAAUCGAUCUACAAUCCGCCUUUUUUGCCUAACUACGAAAUAUGUCCACUUCCGACCUUAAGGAGGAUGGUCAAGGAGGCGAGAGGGUCCGUUGUCGUGCCAUCACCAGAACCUAAAGAAUCCAAAACGAGAGACACGGCCACUCAGUGUGACGAUGUAGAAUAUGAAACCUUCUGCACUUGUUUAUCUGAAACUGAGCUGCAUCUUCUUAUGGAAAAUAGGACUACUGCAGGAUCGAUAAUAUACCAUCUGGCAAAGACAACAGAAAAGUUUGAUCUUGUACCUUGCACUGCACCCGCCAGCCUGACAGCCGUACGUGAUACAUCGUUUGCGAUGGACAGGGCGAAUUCCUUGAGGGCGCUUAUAGGAGAUUCACCUGAACUUGAAGAAAUAUUUAAGAAAGGUCUUAAAGAUAAACCUUGAAAUUAAAAUAAGAUUUUUAUUUCUUGUCUUUAGAUUAUUUUUGUUCAUAGCUUAUUUUAAUUUAUAGAUAUAUUUAUUACUAGUGGUCUUUAAAGGUAUUUAUGGUUCUAUCCUACUUCUCUAUUAUAACAUCUAUGUGCCUUGAAUGAGGGCUUUUGAGAUUGUUAUAAUUACUAAUUUUAUUGUUGUAUUUUUAUAAAUAAACUAUUUUUUGUAA